GGUUUUUGAUGAAAUAAAAAAGAAAAUUUACAGCCAACCAAGAAUUUUUCAGCUAACUCUUGACACACAUUUCUUUUCUUUUUCUUUGGUUUGAUUUUGGGAGGCUGACAAUAAUUCAGCAACACUGUACAUAGGGAAAAGAGAAAAAGGUUAAAAUAUAUAGAUAGAUAAUAUAUUAGAAACAUAUCGGUAACAUAGGUAAAAAGAUAGAGAUAGAGAUAGAGAGAGUUUACAUGGAAAUGCAAAGAACCGCAAAGAGAGCUGAAGACAGUAGAAAAAGAAGGAAGAAGAAAAGUUUCAUUGAUUAAGAUAUGGGUUUUUUAUUCUUUUGCUCUUUCUUUGUGUUUUAGAUUGUUGGGUUUGGGUUUGAGUUUUUGAGCUGUGUUUGAUCAUCAGGAAUUUUACUGCUUCUUGUCUGUGGAAAUGCUUGGGAACAGGAUUGGUGGCCAUAAUAAGUAGAAAUUCUGGUGUUUUCCAAUUAUAUAUAUAUAUAUAUACACACACACAUAAUGUCUCUAUUCUUUCACAUUUUCUUCCAUCAUUGGCUGAUUCUUGGCACUGUGUGCAGGAUGAUAUAUUAGAGUCUGGCAAAGCAUGGGCUACCUAUUUCACUUUCCUUGCCAGGCUGCUAGGAUGGAGUUAGAUAUUGUGUUCAACCUUUCUGCUCCGAUUCUGAAUUCAGGUGCACAAUUUGGUGAAAUAGCUGCUGGAAUAGGGGUGGGUUUAGUUGAUAGUUAAUGAUACUUGUGCCAUAUACACAAAAAUGCAGUAGUUGACCUUGUUUUUUUAUCCUUUUUUUAUUUUCAUCUAUGAAUUUUAUUAGUUUUAUGAUAACAUAGGGCAACUUGAAUUCCAUUGUUGCUUUAGUAAGUCAAGCAUUCAUGUAUAUCCAUAAAGAAUAAAGUGCUCAAGAGUCGAUAACAAAGUAACUGCGAAGGUCUUUGAAUUUUGGAGACGGAUAGCUAAAAAUGGGGUUGCCUCAAGUCUCCUCUAGUGGUGUUGCCGAGGAAGUGGCUGCAUCGCUGUGCACAUUUGUGCAGACCCCACACAGGAUUGUUGGUGCGAGCAACUGUGAUUUAAUAAGGAUGCCUGGAGGAAAUCAAAUUCAGGUGGAUUUGCCUCGUUCAGCUUUUGGAGAUCUGCAAAUAAAAACCACUGGGGAGCUUCAAAAGGAACGCGAAACAUUGAAUGUGAAUAAAGAUGGUAGAUCCAACAUUUAUAAGCUGAAAAUCGGUACUGUGGAACAAAAUGGCUGGCUCACUCAUAAAAAUGGGAAGAAUAUUCAGGCACCUGUUCCUAGAAUUCUCGGUUUUGAAGCAAGGGCAUUGCAUUCUCCAGUCGAUGUGUUCAAUGGAGUCCAAACUUCCACUGUUGUUAGCAUAAACGGUAAUGUAGCUGAGUCUAAUGGCUCAGUUGCAAGGAAGCGCUUAUUGUCUCCUUUGAGUGGAAUGCUCGGCCCUGAUCAAUUUAACCAUGAUGCUCUGGAUAUCGGUGGUGGUAUCAGCCAAAGUGGUUUCAACAGCGGAACUAAAAGCUGCAGUAUUUAUGUGUCACAAGAGCAUAAAAAGGCUCAUGUUAGCAACUCUAGUUCUUUAGACCUUGCAAUCUGUUCUACAUCUUGUUUUCAGGAAUGGAAGAAUUCACUUGUUGAUAAUUCUCAAGCAAACUCAGUGGUCCUCUCUGAUGUUCCUCUAAUUAAGAAUAAGGAGCUGCAAUAUGGCAGUCAUCUUGUACCUCCUUCCGGAGGGCUAAGUUAUUUUGGAGAAACAAAUAAAAGAAGGAACCAGACACCGGCUAUCACAAUUCCUAUUAAGAAGGCAGGCUCACCUCCCUUAUCUUUGUCUCCUCUUGGUCCAAAAUCUAUUGAAAGAACAAAAUAUGCUGAAGGAUGCAAGGAUAUGGUGGAACAGUUAGAUGAUGAUUAUAUGACAUUCAAGGAGCUGGAGCAAUCUCUUAAUGGGACAGUAUCUGUUCAGACAGAAGAAGAUUUCAGAUUGUAUGGUAAAUCAUUUCAUCAUUUUGAUGAUUUGCAGAAUAAGUCUGAUCCAUGUUCUCCUGAUCUUACCUGGGAAACUGCUUUGAAAUGGGGCCAGAACUUGAAUCAUGCUCCUAAAAGCGGCAAAUUGGUUAGAAGUCUUAGUAGUGGACCAUCUGCUAGAAGGUCCUUGGUUGGUUCAUUUGAGGAGUCACUGCUGUCUGGUCGGCUGUUAUCCGGAAAAGUUAGUCAGAGAAUUGAUGGUUUCCUCGCUAUUCUCAGUAUCGCGGGUGGGAAUUUCUCUCCGCAAUCACAGAAACUUCCAUUUGCAGUAACUAGUGUUGAAGGAGAUAACUACUUGCUCUAUUAUUCAUCAAUUGAUCUUGUUAGGCAUACCUCCACAAACAAGUCUAGAGGCCCACAAAUGAAACGGAGCCUGAGCAUUGACAAUUCACAAGCUGAAAAGAGUCGCCUUCGUGUACCUAUGAAGGGGCGGAUACAAUUGGUGUUGAGCAAUCCAGAAAAGACACCUAUUCACACUUGCCUUUGUAACUACGAUCUGACCGACAUGCCUGCUGGUACGAAGACAUUUAUGCGCCAAAGGAUUACUUUGGCACCUGCUGCUGCAACUAACAUGCCAGGAAAAGAAAACCGCAAAUGCACCGAGACAAAAACGGAUCCUAAUACCGGAAUAUUACAUACUCCUAGAUAUCCUGAACGGGAUAUGAAAGAUAUAGAAAGUGACUUAGACAGUGGUUCCGGAGUUUUUAACAUCCGUAACAAAGAAAGCAGUUCAUCAGACAAUAGCAAUGUGAGUUUAAACAAACUUGUACAUAGCUCAUCAAGGGUCAAUGAGAGUAGUGUCGGUUCUGGUGUUCUUCGCUAUGCACUUCACCUCCGUUUUUUAUGCUCUUCCACCAAGAAAUGUUCAAAGGCUGUCCGAAGGUGCAAAUCCGAUCCUCUGUCUGCACCUGCAGGAAACAUGAACAUGGAAGGGGAGCGACGCUUCUACUUGUACAAUGAUAUGAGAGUGGUUUUCCCGCAGCGCCAGUCAGAUGCUGAUGAGGGUCAGCUACAUGUGGAGUACGAUUUUCCGUCGAAUCCAAAGUACUUUGACAUCAGCAGCUAAAACAUGGCCAAGCUUCACAAGUAUUGGCUGUGUUGAGAUUUCUGUACAUAUCUGUGAAUAUAGUCUGUUUCGUAUAGCCCUUAAAAGUGGCCAUUGAUUUGUACAUAAUGAAUCAAUAAUCAAACUAUUCCAUUUAUUCAUCAUCAUCAUUUUACUCUUCUCAAAA